CCCACAUCAGUAAAAUAAACUACUAACAAUGACAGAAUCACUACGUUUAUUUCAUACCUAAUCUUUUUGCAACAUACCACUAUUCCACACCAUCAUCAACGUCAACGUGUACUCAGUAGUUCUUUAAUUCAAUUUGAUUAAAUAAUCUUACAUCAUCCAUUCACUUUGUUUUCAGUGUUACUUCUUCAACCCCAAAUUCCCAAAAAUAUACAACCAAAAAAACUACAAUUAUGCUAUUUUGGGCUCACCUUUUACCCAAAUUCUUUUUGUCCUUACCUAAAUUUCUCCUAUUUUCCAAAUUUCUGGAUAAACCAAUUUUCUAACAUACUAUUAUUAUAUAUAUAAAAAAAAAACCCAUCUCAAAAAACUCAAUAAUAAACUUGAAUUUUCAUUAAAGUUUUGAUCUUUAUAAAAAAAAAUUGAUAAAUUGUUGACAAAAAUGGCGGCAAAUCCAAAGCCGUUGCAAUCGCGGCCAUAUGAGGAAGAUGUUCCCGUUGAUGGAGAAGAGUUUGGUGAAUCAGACGGUGACGAAUCAACAGAUGAUGGGAUUGAUGAAGAUCAGACGGUGAGGAUGAGGAGAGAGAAACGAGGGGUGGGUAUUUAUGUGGGUCCCAGUAGUAGUAGUAGAACUAGCGAACUUACUUUGUCUUUUGAAGGAGAGGUCUUUGUGUUCCCUGCUGUCACCCCUGAAAAGGUCAAAGCAGUGCUCUUGCUCCUUGGAGGACGUGAUAAUCAUGUUGGAGUUCCAACAGUUGAGGUUGCUUGUGGACAAGACAAUAGGGUAACUGGAAGCCCUACAAGAUCAAAUGUUUCCAACCGGAUAGCUUCCUUAGUUAGGUUUCGCGAGAAAAGAAAAGAGAGAUGUUAUGAUAACAGAAUCAGGUAUACAAUUCGAAAGGAGGUUGCUCAAAGGAUGCACCGGAAGAAUGGUCAAUUUGCAUCAUUGAGAGAAGGUUCAGCGUCUUCCAAUUUGGAAGCCAAAAAGAACUUACCUAAUGGGGGUACUUUGGGGCCAGAAUCUGUCUCAAACAAGUGCCAACAUUGCGGUGUCAGUGAAAAUGAUACACCAGCAAUGAGGCGGGGACCAGCUGGUCCAAGGACUUUAUGUAAUGCUUGUGGACUGAUGUGGGCCAACAAGGGAACACUCAGAAACUUAAGUAGAGCAAGAAGAAGUUUCAUACUGGAUGAAGCUGAACUUGGGUCCCUGGUUGAUCGUAAACCUUCCAUUGUUGAAGAAAAUUCACAUGCCAACCCGUGUAAGCUUAGAACCCUUAAAGGCGAAACUAGUGCUGUAACUAUAGCCUACGUCAAUUCCUUUGCUGAACCCCGCAAAGAGAAUUCUCAUGGGAUAGCAGACGCGACAAGCAUGCUAACAGAAAUAGCUGUGGAUUCAUCAGGCAACUUUGACAAACAAGAUACUCUGGCUGAACUUGAUGAUAGUUCUGGGACAGACAUAGAUAUUGCUGCCAACAGCGAUUAGGUAUGCAUCGAACUGCAAAAGCGUACACACAAUUAUUACCUCACUCGUGAGUAGCGAGACUGAUGCUGAUUGCAAUGAAUGGACAAGACUUGGCCUUAGUGAUGAUCAAGGAUCGGACUGUCAGCAUGAUUACUGAAAUACAUCUCGAGUUUGUGGAGUUGUUUCUUGUCUCACCAAAUGCUCGAGUUGAUAGAUAUUCACAAGCAAUAUGGUGGUGAAUCUUCUUAUUGUAGAUAAUGUUUGUGUGAAAUGGGAAAUUUUAGUUAUUGAGAUUACAUUGUGCUCGGCUUUGUAAUUUCGAGAUUGACCCAAGGUUAAAUUUUUAGAUGGCUCUCCUUUUAUGGAGUUGGGUGUUCUUGUUUA